UAAAUGUUCUCAGAUGGUCCCAUGACAUCUGAAGCUCUGCCCUCUGCUGAUGUAAUUUUGUUGUUUUCAGAAUCAAAGCAAGAAGGGGACCUCAGAGUGGUGCUGGUGGGUCAGGAGAGAGUUGGGAAGAGCUCAGCAGGAAACACCAUCCUGGGAAAAAGGGCAUUUGACUGUCAUGUCAGCUCCAUCCCUGUGACUCUGAGCUCCCAGAGGAUGGAAGGAGAAGUUCUGGGUCGCAGAGUCACUGUGGUGGACACCCCAGGGCUCUGCAGCUCCCGUCUUUCUGCAGAGAAGAUCAAAGAAGAGCUGGAGGAAGCUGUCAAGCAGAGCUCUCCUGGUCCUCAUGUUUUCCUCCUUGUUCUCCAGUUAGGGAGGUUCAGCAAACAGGAGCAGGAAGGGCCAAAGAUUCUGCAGAAGAUUCUGGGUCCUGAGGUUCUCAAACACACAAUGAUCCUGUUCACCUAUGGAGAUCGACUGAAAGACACUGAUAUAAACUUGGAUCAGUUUGUUAGAGAGGAUCCGAACCUGCAGAAGCUGCUGAAAAGCUGCAGUGGGAUGUACCACGUUCUUAACAACAAUGAGAUGGAAAACAGGAAGCAGGUCCAGGAGCUGCUGGAUAAAAUAGAUCAGGUCUCAGGUGGAGGUAGAAAAUAUUAUGAGAAAGGUUCUCAGUCUGAUGGAAUGUGGUUUGGAAAUAUUUGCUCAUUUCUCCAUAAAUCCACCUGCAGCAUUUUUUUUUCUGGCACAAGGUUUUUUGGUAAAAUGUGCAGAUAUCUUCAAAUAAUACCUCACUAUAAACAUAUCUUGUUUUUCACUAUUUCAUUGGGAAUUCUUUACAAGUUAGAAUACGCAGAUCUGAUCCUCAUGAAUCACUUUAUAGGUGAUAGUGGAAACAAACUGGUUUGUUGGAUAACAAUGAAACAACCAAUAAUGCUACAUGGUAACCUCAUCAAUUUGACAAGAUAUGAAUACUUAUUUGUUACUGUACCUUGCUGUUACUUUCUCCCUUUUUGUCAAAAAACAUUUUAUUUUCAUGCCGUUCUUCUUUUCUAAUAAUCAGAGACGUUCAUCAGCUUGAAAGCUUGCCUGCAGUAGUUAAGAAAGAUAUAUCAAGUUAUUAAAUGUUUAUGAAGACUGAAGUAAACACUUUUUUAAGUUUACCCUCUAAAGUUAUAGAGAUUACUAAGGCAUUUAUUUAAUCUUUAUUUGCUUUAGGCUUGCUGAAAUCUACAUGACUGCAUGUUUAACAUGCUAAUAAGGGAAUGUCUGAUAUGGGACUGAUGCACCUUUUCUGUGUAUUUUUGAGUUUUUCUAUUUCUUUCACAAGACUGAUGAUAUGAGGGAAUUUUAUUUUUGUUUAUUUUCGUCAGUUCUAACAAUCAUAU